ACGCUUUAUGCAUGAAACGGAACGCAACCAUAGAUUCCGUCAUAUAUGUAUGUAAUUGUGGAUAAGAUAAAACUGUGACGACUCAUUUUUUGUCAUUAUUUCAGUCUAUAAUUAUUCAUGCUAAUUUAAAUACGUUUAGAAAGUCUUACAAGCAGUUUCAACAUGACUAUUUUAAAAAUACUAAUUGCUGGAGGACAGAUGUGUCUCAGAAGAUCAUAUGCUACAGGAUCUAAAUUCGUUGAAACUAUACAAGAUAAUGAUACAGGGAUUGAUAUUGUAUCUAUGGCAAGAGCGCCUGUUAACAGUUUAAACACGGAGCUAUUAGGUGCGUUAAAAACAUCUUUAUUGGAAGCUCAAAACAAUCGUAGGAAAGGUGUCAUAUUGACAUCGUCCUUGCCAACUAUAUUCUCAGCAGGAUUAGACAUCACAGAAAUGUAUAAUACUGAUAAAAAGAGAGCUACUGAUUUUUGGAGCACAUUACAAGACACUUGGUUAACUCUUUACAGUCUGAAUAUUCCUGUUGCUGCUGCUAUUAAUGGCUCUAGCCCUGCUGGAGGUUGUCUGUUGGCUAUAUCUACAGAAUACAGAGUUUUCGUUGAAGGUAAAUAUACUAUAGGUUUGAAUGAAACACAGUUGGGCAUAGCUGCUCCUAAAUGGUUCAUGGAUCCCUUUAUUUCACUGAUGGGCUAUCGACAAGCUGAAUUAGCACUUUUAAGAGGGUCAUUAUUUAAACCUGAAGAAGCGCUGCAAAUUAAACUCGUGGACGAACUUGCUAAAAAUAAGGCUGAUGCGAUUGAAAAGUGCAAAAAUUACAUAUUAUCAUAUAAUAAUAUACCAGGCAUAGGAAGAACUGCAACUAAGUUGGCAAUGCGAAAUAACUUAAUUCAGUGGAUGAAAGAAAAUAAAGAAGCUGAUAUUAACCAAUUCAUAGGAUAUAUAAUGUUACCAAAAGUACAAGCUGGUCUUAAACUUUAUAUUGAACAUUUAAAGCAAAAACAGUAAUUAAUAUUUCCAUAAGAAACAAUAUACUUGUUUUAUACAUCCUGCAAUUGCUUUCUAUAUAUGCAUAUAAAAAAUAUAUUAUUGCAUAUUCUUGCAAUUGACAUCUAAUUAUAAGUAAGAAGCUCAUAAUGAGUAACUAUAUUUUUGAAAAACAUAUUUGAUGCAAAUAUUGUACAUAUAUA